AUGUCAUCGUCAGCAAAACCAGUCGAACACACCAAGGAAGAAUUAAAUACUAGUAAUAAAUCAUCGUCAGAAGAAGAACAUGAAGUUCAACAACGCCUCAUCAAAUAUAACCGAGUAAUUCGAUCUAAACAUAAGACAUCGAAUGAACGUGCAUUUAUUGAUUGUCAAACAAAUCAAUUGAAAGAAAAUGUUCCAUUUACUUAUUCAUCCAAUGGUCGACCUCAACUAAUAAUCAAUUCUGAUGUGAACAUUGAUUUAACAACCAUAAAAAAACUCGAAUAUUUAUCAAUAUUUGUUGUUAAAAUUCGUGUCGAAUUUCAGCAAGCAGAAAUAACAAGUUAUAUAACCGGAAGUGGUUUAAUUAUCAAUGAUAGAUAUAUUAUUACAGCAGCUCAUAUCUUUAACCCAUUAAUAGAAGAAGAAGAUGUACUUGUGCCAUAUAAACGUAUUAAAUUUACAUCGUUAUCAUAUGCAUCUGAUCAAUUAUUCAACACAGAUAAUACAAAUGUAUUUGAAGCUGAAAUAAUCAUUCGUGGUAUUAAUAGUAUUGGUUUACAACCAAACGAGGUUUGUUCGGAUGAUGAUGAUGUUGCAAUUUUGAGAAUUUGCAGAUUUGAACAAAUAAAAGAUGUAUUAAUGUCCGAAAACAAAAAGGAUUUUUGUCCACCACGAUUAUCGGACAAAGCCGAACUUGAACCGAAUUCAUCACUAUUUUUGCUGGCAUAUUGUUCAACAAUCCGAACAAAAAAAGAUGUGGAAUUUUAUGAAGAAUGUCCUGGUUAUUCAUUAUAUACAAGAGAACAUUUGAAUUCUGCCAUGCAUCCCGACCAUCGAACAGUGUCGAUAGGAAAAUGCAUAGCAAACGACGACAUACAUAUCGUUCAUGAUUGUCCCUCGUUACGUGGUGCUAGUGGUGGUUGUAUAUUUGAUGCCAAUGGACGAUUGGUUGGUGUACAUACUGGUGUUCGUGAUGGUGAUGUGCAUUACAAUGUUAAUGGUGAAAGACGAUUACGACCGUACGCACUGAAUCAAGCAUUAGCAAUAUAUUCUGAUAGGAUUAUACAUCGUCUAGCAACUGUCAUACCAACUUGGAAAUAG